AGAUGACCGUUACUAUCAAACUAUUGAAGAAACGUUUGAGUUUCGGUAUCGUGUGUUAGAUACCAUUCUUCACUGCGCUGCGGGCCUGUGGACGCUGGAGAAGCAGAUCAAGAUUGAUGAGGGGAUGGAGGGAUAUAUCUAUCUUGAUGAGGAUGAGAAUUUUGAUUAUAGUGAUCAGGAUCUUGAAUUCGCUCACGACAGGCCUUUUCCGCUGAAGGAGUUGACGAUCACGCAUCUUGCGGAUUAUGACGAUCCUAACCUCGCUCUCUCUGAGGCCUGGAAGACGAUAAUCUCUCUACCAAGUCUCGUCGACUUUAGGGUCUUUGUGACAACAGAAGAGUGCGAAGCUUCACCUGAGAGCACGAUUCACUAUGUUGAGAAGUACAAUUUCUUCGGCAACCUCCACAACACGUGGUUGUCGCCCAACAUCGCGGAUCAUUUGCGCGUACUGUCGUUAUACUUCAAAGACUACUGGGGCUGGUUUCCCAUCAUGGAUUUUCGAAACAUUGGCGAAGAUUCACCAUUCCCUCAACUCAAGGUUCUUGCGCUCGGGAACUACGUCUUUACUCAUGAGUGGCAGAUUGAGUGGUUUGCGAAGCUCGGCAAGGAGAAUGGGAGUGGAGGUCUGGUAGAGCUGUAUCUUGAUGAUUGUCCCAUUCUGUAUCACGCACGUCAGCUUCGUAUUGGAAAUGAUGGGUAUGCUGAUCAUACAGCUCAUACAGCAGGUGGAACAGGACGAGGAUGGAACCCUAUCAAACGCGACUUUCCCAUCCGAUGGCAUCAGAUCCUUUCCCAGUGGAAGGAUUCGAUGAAGGGGUUGAAGACCCUUCGCGUUGGCCAUGGAUGCUGGUGGGAUUGUCCAAAGGAUACUCGCCAAGCGAUUCUACAAGACCCCGAUUACAAAGACAUCGACUUACAAGCCAUGGACCAUCGACUCUCGCGAAACCAGCACCGGAACUUUGCUUACCCUCCCCCAACGGAGGAAGAAUACUGGGACAGGGAGAACACCUGGGUGUCUGAAAAGCAUAGAUAUGGGACAGGAAUCGACAACGAGAGAACGAGUCGGAUGCAGUAUAUUGAGUAUAACUGUGGUAUUGGGCCAUCGGCUUGGCUGGAGAAGAAUUCGCGGUAUGAUUGUGAUGAGAAGGGGUUUGCGCCGGAGAAGGGGACGUUGGAGAAGGAUAAUGCUGCGUGGGGGAUGAUUAUGGCUACUACUCGAGCGAGGCGAGAAGGCAGAGCUGGUUAAACCACGUACAGCCGGGUUUUCAGAGAUCACGCACCUACUUUCGUGCGCAUGGGAACAUUCAUCUGGAUUGUUCCUUGUCACCUGUUCACUUCAUAUGUCAGAUGUUAACCAGUAUGCUGUACUGUCACAUAUAAAGCAGAACAUGUCAUACUUCGUGAAGACGCGUUUUCUUUUGCGAAGUUCCAUGGGAGUCUUCAU